AUGGAGCCACCUAACGAUGAGGCGCGCGCCUCGUCGCCGAAGACGGACGUCCUGUCGCCGAAGCGCGAUCGGUACUCGCGCUCGUUCAAGCUCCGCGCGAGCAGGACCCUGGGGCGGAUCAGGAACAUGGGGCCCCACCUGGAGAUUUUCUGGAGCGACCUGGCCCCCGUUCAAGAGUUGGGGAGGGGCGGGUUCGGGGCCGUGAUGCACAUGCGUCACUGUCCACCAGGUGAGCAGGCACGGGACGUCGCAGUCAAGGUGCUGCAGGCGGACAACGCCACGGAGAAGAGCCUCCUGGCCUACAUCCGCGAGGUCGAGCUGCUGCGGGCGUUCGUGCACCCGAACGUGGUCCAGUUCGAGGGCGUGGGGCUGGUGGAGGGCGCCGACGACGAGGACCCCACCCUGCGCGACGUGGCCGAGGGGAGCGCGUCGAGCGAGGCCGCGGAGGGCGACGCUGUCCUCGGCGCGUCCGGGAGCGGUCACGGCCUGCGUCCUUCGCCGCUGGCGAAGAGCUCGGCGACGAGCCUCCUGCACGGGGCGCGCACGAGCGGCGACCUGAGCGGGACGGAGCGCAUCUUCCUCGCGCAGGAGCUCUGCGCGGGCGGCAGCCUGCGCGACCUCAUCAAGGGCCUGCCGGCGGGGUCGCGCAAGCUGCCGUACCGGUGGGACGACGGGUUCCGCUGGCUCCUGGGGGCCGCGCGGGGCCUCGAGUACCUGCACACAAGCUCGCCGCCCGUGAUCCACCGGGACGUCAAGCUGGACAACAUUCUGCUUGGCGUGAGGCGGGGCGCGGAGGGCGGGGCGGCGGAGGAGAGCUCGGUGGUCGUGGCGAAGAUCUGCGACCUCGGGCUCGCGCGGCUGCUCGACGAGCGGCGGCUGGACGGCAUCAAGCACUUCACCGAUGGGGCGCGCCCGCGCGAGGGGAGCUCGGAGGCGGAACGGGACGAGGGCGCGGCGGAGGCCGUGGUGGGGAUGCCGCGGGACCGGUUCGAGCGGUCGAUGUCGACGAUGAAGCGGAAGAGGCUUGCGGAGUCGAUGAAGCUCGCCUACGAAGAGCACCGUCCCGCAGACAUGACGGCGCUGACGGGCUCGCUCAUGUACAUGGCGCCGGAGGUCGUGAGGCAAGAGCCGUACUCGGAGCGGAUCGACGUCUUCUCGUUCGGGAUGUGCAUCUACGAGGUGCUGACGAUGCAGCUGCAGAUCAUCCGCGUCCUGAUCAACCGGCCGGCCAACAUGUCGCCCGCCAAGUCCAUCGAGCACUACGCGUGGCAGGUCUCGCAAGGCUACAGGCCGUCCGUGCCGCAGCACUGGCCCCAGUCGAUCAAGGACCUCCUGGAGGCGUGCUGGCAGGACAAUCCACGGCAGCGCUGUACCAUGACGGAGGUCGUCGAGGUGAGACGAGUCGUCGCAGCGCUUGCAACGUUGUAA